AUGGCUUCUAUAUUCACUUUCGAUCAUGAUCCUCCACGGGUGCACUCACCCUGGCAGUCCGGACAGGACUCCGGAAAGAGGCCUCAAACUGAGCGUUCCGUAACAACCGGCGCUAUCGUCGAGGCGGAACAGCUAUCGGACCCUCACUUAGAGAGGCUCGAAGCAGAGCCGCAAGACGGUCCCAUCGAAUACAAGUUACACCUCUUGCUACGCCCUCGGAGGGUCUACAAUAAAAUGAGCACCACACUUAGAGUCUCGGGGUCUCAGCAGUCCAGACCACUACGAGAAUCAAAGCAUCCAAGACAAGGUAGUCUUCCUCUCGCCGCUUCAAAUCAAACUAGGCAGAAUCGCCUCCAUCACUUAACUACUCAGCUACUUUGGAGAUUGCAGCAGUCAUCGCCCUAUCAUUCCAAUGCGAGACGUGAACUUAUACUACCGAGGUUACCUGAGGAUAUCGCCGAUCUCGCAGCUCUGGAGAAACCCCAACAGCUUCUCCCAGGUCUAGAGGAGUCUAACGGAGCAUUGUACGAAAUAGGCGUGGCUGACGACGGGACAUUCGUGGGGUUGACUAAAGAUGAGAUGGAUGAGAGUAUGACGACUCUAAAAGUCAUGGCUGCUAGUCUAGGUUGCAGGGUCGAGGUUCAGCGUAUGAAAGCUGUCGGGAACUGCGAAUGGUUAGAUAGCACCUCAGGAUCGAGUGAUCAGAUUCACAUCGCGGAUCUUUGGGUGGCAGAAGCACUCGUCAUGCCAGUAAUGAAUACCCAGAGUAAUAGGGACGGUCAACAGAAAAGUCAACUGGACGUUACGGCUAGGAGAGGUGUCUCGGUUACCGAACAACUUCGGAUUUCGCUCAUUGGUCCGACAACUUCGGGUAAAACAACACUUCUGGGGACGCUCUCUAAUGGUACAUUAGAUAAUGGUCGAGGAAGUAGUCGAAUCAACCUGUUGAGACAUCGUCACGAAGUCGUAUCCGGACGGACUAGCUCUAUUGCCCAGGAACUUAUCGGCUACGAUGAUCGGAAGAUAUUUAAUUAUAAUGUCGACAAUAUCAACGAGUGGCCCGAUAUCCAUGAUCGUGCAGAGAGUGGUCGAUUGGUCUUUUUGCUAGACUCUGCCGGACAUCCUCGAUACCAACGGACCACCCUCCGAGCUCUAGUUGGAUGGGCUCCUCACUGGACCCUGCUGUGUAUCCCUGCAAACGAAGACGGGAACCCCGCCUCUGGUGUUCACUCACUGUCUGGUGCAGAUAGUGCUAUAGGAGUUGGGAUAGCAUCAAUGGAUCUAGCCAUGACGCAUCUUGAUUUAUGUCUCAAACUAGCCAUACCUCUUGCCAUUCUUAUAACCAAAUCUGAGCUAGGGCAGCGUGCGCUACUAAAGGACAAGCUGAAUAUAGUAUUCACCAAGGUCAAGGCUAUGGGUAGGAUGCCGAAGCUGCUUACCUCCACGGCACGCGAUGAGGAUAGCCUUACAGAGGUGUCCGAAAAUGACAUGCAGAAGGUCAAAGACGAAAUAAUUGAUCCUAUUGCCAAGUCUACUGACCCAUUAUCCAUUGUUCCGAUCAUACUUACAAGCGCUGUCAAGGGUAUAGGUAUCGGAUUGACGCAUGCGUUAUUAAGAAGCUUGCCGGUACCACCUUUACCAACGGCUCGAGACUUUGUCCCCCUUGCUUUGAAUCCGGAGCAGCCAGCUGCUUUGUUUCAUAUUGACGAAGUUUUUGAAAUGUCGUUGAGCCGUGCUCAAAGUACCGCAUCGUCUACGUCGGGCGGGAGUGCGCCGGUAGUUACGGGAUAUCUACGAUUUGGAAGGUUAUCCAUUGGCGAUAGGGUUGUAUUAGGUCCUUUCCCGGGGGAGGAUGAAGAUGCCGAUGCUCUAGUGCCAAAAGACUACCCUUCACCUGGAUAUGGCCUAUCGAUUCCACAUCCAUCAUCUGCAGAAUUUGCCCGGCUCAGUUCUCGUCACACACUGUCUGCCUCUAAACUCGAGGGCGAAUGGCGCCAAGCGACUAUUGUAAAUAUCCGUGACCUGAGACUUCCGGUGCAAACAAUCGAAGCAGGACAAGCAGGCUCUAUCCAAGUAGUAUUUAACGACCUUCCCGAGGAAUCAUCCGACAUUAACACCACCCUUGAAACCCCAAGGAUAUCCAGUGCUCGGCUCCGCAAGGGACAGGUCCUAGCGGUGCCUAGUCAACACAUGGUUGAUACGGGUCUCUCACUCCAAGCUGCUUCUAGUUUGAUAGCUUCUUUCAAAACAUCGGAUGUCAAGCUACUAACUGUCAAUACUCUAGUGAACGCCUACGUGGGAAUGGUACGUGCUGCUGUUCGUGUACUAGGUGUAAGGCGCCAAAAGUCCGAUUUUAGUGCACAGAAAGUCGCGAUGGAAGACAACGAUGAUGUGUUCAAUAUGAAUGACCAUAUCGAACUUGAGCGUAGCAAGUCGGAAGCAGACCUAGACGAGUAUCAUGCGGAGUAUCAUGUCUCGUUAGAGUUCCUAAACAACAGAGAAUGGAUUGAACUAGGGUCCCAGAUCGUUCUUGUAGAAGGAUCAUCUAAAGAUAAGUUAGGGUUCGAGGGUUACGUCGGUCGGGUGAUUGAAAUUGGAGAAUGA